CCUUUUCUCCGUCCAGGUGGGAAUCCGUGCGAUGACUGACCCAAGCGCGUAAAAGAGUUUUAAGACGCGAUGGGUGGUGUUGACGUGUGUUCCUUGGUGAUCUCGGUGUUGGUGGCAUCCACGGUCCCUGCCCUGGGUCACGUGGCGCUGACCUAUCCCCCGGCCAGGAAAUAUGACCUCGACUUCCUCGACAGCUUUCGGACCGCUCCACCCUGUGGCAUGCCGAAAGGAGACGUGAAGACGACGGUCCUGGCUGGGCGACCAUUCAACAUCACCUGGCAUCUUUCCUACCCUCACCAGGGAGGGUUCAGCUUGGAACUGUUGGAUUCUAAAGGUCGACCUCUGAGAAGCAUCACCCCGAAGACGUCCGAGACCGACUACAUCCAAGGAGACGCCACGGCACAGUCGUGGGAAGCGGAAUUCCCAGCGGAUUUCGAAUGCGAAGAUUGCACGAUCCGUCUCAUCCGACAAGCUGUGGAAUGGGGGAAUUCCUAUCAAUUCUGGUCCUGUGCCGAUGUGGACGUGGUGAAAAGAUCAGACUACCGGGAAGACUGCAGCGGACACGGGAAAAGCUUCGCAGGUCGCUGCCUCUGCGACCGCCUCUACUCCGGCGAUCGCUGUCAGUAUCAAGAUGAAUGUCAGGAAGACAUCGACUGUGGCCGUCACGGUCGAUGUGUCGACGUCCAGGCCACCACCUUCCCCCGCCAUCAGUGCUACUGUGAUGCAGGGUGGUUUGGACCCGGGUGCGCCGUUCCCUCCCCAGUCAAGAAACCCUCGGACAUAAACUUGGGUGCUUUCUCGGAACAGGAACUCAGCCCUGGUCUCAUCCUCUAUUGGAGGGUCCUGAAGGCUCAGGGAGAGCUCGAAGUCGUCCUUCAGGGCAAUGGCACUAGUUAUCUUGCCCUGGGUUGGAAGCCUGCGGGUCUCACCACCCAGUGCAGGGCUUUUCCUGCUAUUGAGGAUCCGGUGACCGAAAUCCAGGACCGAGUAGAUGUGAGACAAAAGCAGGCCAAAGCUGUCGAUUCCACCCCUCCCAAAGUCCAGCGUCCAUAUGGCCAAGAUGGAAAGAAAGCUGCUGCAGAACCAGAGCCUGAGGUUGAACCUGAAAGUCACGCUGAAUCAGAAGGUGAAGAGAAGCAUGGCAAGGCUGAGCCUGAGGCAGAACCAAAAGAUAGCAAGACUAAGCCAGAAGCAACACCAAAGAAUAAGACAGCAGCAUCAGAAGUAGAACUUGCAGAUAGCACAGCAAAACCUGAGUCAGAGAAACAUGGUGAAGCAGAACCCGAACCUGAGACACAUAGUACAGCAGAACCUGAGGGAGAAACCUCAACAAAACAUGAACACCAGGCUAAAGAUGGAAAAGUGACAACAGAAAAGGACCAUAAUGCUGAACCCAUUGCAGAAGAAACCAGUGUAAGUGAACCAGAGCCAGAGAAUGAGGUGGCCAAGACAGAUCAGAAAGUAAAAGGAGUCAAGAGAGCAGAAGCAAAGGAGGAGAGCAGCACCAGUGAACCAGAACCAGAGGCUGAAUAUUCAACACCAGAGCCAGAGGCAGAGCAUAGUGGGGAUGGGCAGACCACAACAAUUUCACCAGAAUCCACAGACAUCAUUCCUCCCAGGUUUAAGAGGCAACUCGUUCAGCGGGAAGGGUGGCUGCCAUAUGAUGAAACUGAGGAAGAUGUAACAGCUGAACCAGAGGCAACAGGAACUGAAAAAGAGCAUCAAGUCAAGGCAAAACCAUCUGCUGCUGUCAAAGAACCUGCUCCUGAGGCUGAAGCUGAGCCUGAACAUGAGCCUGAGCACCAUGCGCAAGAUAGGAAAGGAGAAGCUGUAGCUGAAGGGAAACCUGAAGGAGAGGGGAAGGCUGAGGGAUCUCCAAAACCUGAAGCUUCUGGUGCAACUACCACUGAGAGCAAGGUUGGAAAGUAUGCACCCAAAGGCACAAUACACCCAAUGGACUGUUCUGACAUUGUCAUUGGGAUGGCCAGAGGUCCUCUCCACCGUGUCCAUGAUUACUACACCAGAGACAGGUCAACACCCCACUUUGACAGUUACUUUGGUGGGAAGGAUGAUCUAACAGCUGCAUAUGGCUAUGAACAGGAUGGUGUCACCACGAUCUAUUUCAGAAAGAAACUUAAAAGUGAGGAGCCAACAGAUCACUCGAUCGAGAACAACCCAAUGACUGUGAUCUGGGCACGUGGCCAGGACCCUCAAUCAUACAUCCAUAAGCCCAAGUCGGGUCUGGAAGUGGGAUCUGCCAGCGUCCGGGACUUUUAUCGCCCCGACGAGCUGAAAUACCAUGGGCAUGGAUCCCAAAGAGGAGGCCUCUCACUCAAUUUCUUCGACGAAGCAAAAAAGGAGUUGGAGCAAGGCACAGGCAAUGAAUCCACCAGUACUGGUGCCUCUGCAGAGGACAACCACUGUGAAGGGAGCUAUUCCUAUCCUCGGGGCUGCUCCAAGGAUGGUUGUGAAUACUCUGCCACUUGGAACUACAAUGCAGCAAAGGAUUCUGUUGACUUUCACAUCACAACCUCUAACACUGACAAGUGGACUGGAAUUGCAUUCUCCAAGAAUAAUCACAUGCCACAAUCAGAUGCCGUGUUGGGUUGGGUUGAUCGAACUGGAAGGGCAUUUGUGGCUGACAUGUGGCUAUCAUCAUACAACCUUCCAAGGUUGGAUACAUCCCAAGACCUCUCUGGUGAAGAGGCACGACUCAGAGACGGCAUUCUUUCCCUCAAUUUCUCCCGUCCACGACUCUCUCCUGACAACAGCACAGAUGUGUCCUUUGGCGAGUGUGUGUUCAUGUUUUACCCAGUCAAGGGUGGAUCCUACAACUCUGUGAACAAGAAGAUUCAAAAGCACGAGCUUACACCAGUGAUCUCAAGUGACAAAAUCUGCAUCUCAUUAUGUCCCCUUGCCAUAGCUGGAUCAGGUGGAGUACCAGGUGGAGGUGGUUCUGGAACCAGGGUGACAGAAGCUCCAACAACAACUACUACUCGAAAGCCACAGCUGCUAAUGGAUGUGGAGUUAAAGGUUAUCGAUAUUGGAGACAACUUUGUGAUUCCUGAAAAGGGUACUACAGAAUUUCAAGACUGGUCUGACCGUGUGAAGCGAGAAGUGUCAUCCACCUUAAAUACUAUGCCAGGAUUUGAGGACGUCAUGGUCACUGAAUUCUCUGGUGGCAAUCACAAUGAGAAUGAGAUGGUGGCAAAGUUGAUUGUUAUAAUGGACAAAGAAAAAUCUGGAGACAAGGAGAAAGUCCAAGAGAUGGUAGAAGCUGCUCUGCAACGAGAAGUCCACUCGGGUCAAGUUGGGAAUCUCCGAGUUGACCCACAAUACCUGAAAGUGGGACAACCCCAAGUGUCUCUGGCAAGCUCAGCAGAUUCACCCGCUGGACUGAGUGAAGAGCAGAUUCGACUCUAUGCUGUGAUUGCCUGCAUUGGGGCACUAGUACUUAUUGCAAUCAUCCAGGCUUCCUACUCCAUAUAUCGCAUGAAGCGCCGUCCAUCGGGACCAAAAGUCCAGAAGGAACGGUUGAUCACAAACUCUGCAUGGAAGGACUACAGCACGACAGGGAACAUCAACUAUGGGUAUGAGCAAUUCGAGACGGAAGAGAGAGGAGCCUCUGGAUCGAAAAAUCGAGGAAGCAACAAGAACAAUAUCUCCCACGCGCCUUAUGGAGAUUCACGAUCCCUACAACGUCCGGUGAAGAAUGGUUACUCCAAGAGUCCCGAUCGAUUCAACUCGUUACCGCGACCCACAUUCAGUCCUAAUUCGGGGUCUUACUACUCCCAAGAUCGUCCCCCCAUGCGUCCCUACAAUGGAUCCAUGGGCCAGGCCGCCCCACCAGACUUUUAUUUCAUGCCCUCACAGCGCAAGUACUCCGGGGAAGUGGUACGCGUCUAUGUGGACUACAAUCAACACCCAAAGUGAGAAGACGUGGCCGAGCGUCGUGUUUGAAAAGGUGCCAUAGGAAGAGAGAACAGUUGCUGGGUCCCAUGGAGUUUUGUAAGCUCCGCUCCAACAUACGUGUUGUGAUAUGAAUCAUUCCGUAUGGAAUGAUUCUACGUUGAUGUGCUCAAUGGACCGCUGUGGAACUGUUGUGAUUCUCUUGUUGGGUCUCGUCUCGUUUCGACGCAAUUUCAUCCCUUUUAUUCCAGAUCUUUGACAUGUUUUCUUCCUUUUGAAUUCCCUGUAAAGUGUAAUGUUCUGGUGCAUGAGACUGGACCCAACCAAAUGGGAUACGACAGUACGCGGUUGCAGGCCGGCCUGUGACUUAUAUCAUACAUGUACAGCAAGGAUGUGAUUUUCAGCAAAGCAAAGUGUCAAUCACAAAACGAGUCUCGUUUCUCAAACACACUCAGUGUUCUGCUGUGCUGGAUGCAUGGUGCUAACAGUAGCAGGAAAAUUUAGAAUCAACGAAGUUUCCAACCGACCUCUCUGUGACGGCAAACCUUUCCCAUGUCAACACUGCACGUGUCAGCUUAGUGGUGACAUUCCUUUCGUGUGGAAAUAAACAUUUUCAUGUCCUAA